AUGUUUCGAUCCAGCCUUAGGCGCUGUGCCACUCAGGCCAGAUCGGCCGCUACAGCUGCCCUCUUCACACAGACUCGAACUGCUUUGCCUGCUGUUCGCCGUCAGGUUUUGACAAGCCACUCUUCUAUCGCUGCCAUCACCCGAAUUUCUUCCAUCACACGCGCUUACAGCACCGAGGCUGCUGCUGAGCAAAAUGAGUCUGAGUCUGCUCCUUCAGCUGAAGCUGAGCCUCAAGUUCGCUUUGCCGAUCUCCAGGGCGUUCACCCCAAUCUUCUCAAACCCAUUCUCAACGACAUGAAAUACGAUACCAUGACACCUGUUCAGGCCAAGACCAUCCAGCCUGCCCUCAAGGGAACUGACAUCGUUGCUCAGGCCAAGACUGGUACCGGAAAGACUCUUGCAUUCCUUCUUCCUGUCCUUCAAAGAAUGAUCGAGGAAGACAGCACACUCGCCGACAGGACCGCUAGACGUCAAGCCCGAUCUGAUGAUAUCCGUGGAGUUAUUCUCUCUCCCACACGAGAGCUGGCCGAGCAAAUCGCCGCUGAGGCUCGCCGAUUGGUUGCCAACACUGGUCUUGUCGUUCAGUGUGCUGUUGGUGGCACUGACAAGCGCGGCAUGCUUCACCAGACUCGACGACAGGGUUGCCAUCUUCUUGUCGCUACUCCUGGUCGUCUGAACGACCUUCUCCAAGACACCAGCAGCGGCAUUGAUGCCCCCAACCUGGCUGCUCUGGUCUUGGAUGAGGCCGACCGAAUGCUCGAUGUCGGCUUCGAGAGAGAGCUCAACGAAAUCAUCAAGUGCCUCCCCAAACCUGAGGAGAAGGUUCGCCAGACCAUGCUCGUUUCUGCCACAAUUCCCGACAGUGUUAUCCGCCUGGCCCGCAACAUGGUCAGAGCCAACGACUUCGAGUUUGUCCAGACCAUCCCCGAGAACGAGUCUCUUACCCACGACAAGGUUCCUCAACAUAUCGUUCCCGUCUCCGGUUGGUCUCAGGUCUUCCCCUCCCUUUUUGAGCUUCUGGAGCGUGAAGCCGCAAAGAUCAGGGAAACCCCUGGUGCCAUGCCCUUGAAGGCCAUUGUCUACUUCAAUACCACUGCUUUGGUUGAGCUGGCUGGCGAGCUGUUUUACCAGCAACGCCAGAAUGCCAAGAACGAUGGCAGCCUUUAUUUCUCUUCCUAUGUCAUGCAGUCAAAGCUGAGUCAACAACAACGCCAAAGAGCUGCCGAUAGAUUCCGCGAGGCCAGAUCCGGUGUCCUUCUUUCUUCUGAUGUCACAGCUAGAGGAAUGGAUUUCCCUAAUGUGACACACGUCAUCCAGAUCGACACUCCCCGGGAACGUGAGUCUUACAUUCACCGACUUGGACGAACUGGUCGACAGAACAAGGAGGGCCAAGGCUGGUUGAUCAUUCCCAACUCUUCCGUCCGUAGCGCUCGAAAGAUGCUUCAGGGUCUCCCCAUUCAACAGAACAGCUCUCUCAGCAGCGCUGAGACUGAUGUGGCUGGAGGUGAGACUACUCCCCACCAUGAGAAGACCAAGGCUCUUUUUGGUGCUCUGCCUCGUCCACUUCUCGCUACAGCCUAUAUGUCCAUGUUCGGCAUGGCCACUGACAAGGCGGGGAUGGCCGAAGAGGUCAACGAAUGGACACGUGUUGGCUGGGGAUGGGACAAGCCACCGUCUGUUUCCCACGGGUGGGCUCAGAGGCUGGGAUUAGCCAAUACGCCAGGCAUGAACUUUUCGGAAGGCGGCCAGCGAUUUGGUGAUCGAUCUGGCGGACGGUUCGGUGAUCGAUCCGAUGGAUAUUCACGCCGAGAAAGCAGUGAUCCCUUUGAUUCCAUGGCAAGCAAUGUCCGCCGGGAUGACUACGGACGAGGUAGAUCUGGUGGUUUUGGCCGCGGAGGCUCAAGCGGUGGUCGCUCAGGAGGCUUUGGCGGCAGCCGCUCAGGAGGUUACGGUGGCAACCGUUCAGGAGGCUACGGUGGUGGCCGCGGUGACCGAAGCUCUGGUGGCCGCUCAGGAGGCUAUGGCGAACGCUCUUCAUUCUAA